UGUGUCUACUGUUUUACAGGGAUCAGUGCUGGGACUCCUGUGUUUGUGCUGAAGGGAGAGGAUUUGCUUCUGAAUGUCACCAAAGCUCUUGUUCUUGGGGAUUUAGAUUCAUUUUUCUGGAAAUGUAAUAAAAGUAGCAUAGUGAAAUUCACUUCUAAUACCAAAAAAGACUCUGCUAAUUACGAUGGAAGGCUCGAGUUUCCUGUGAAAAAUUACUCUGUGAAAUUGAAGAAUCUACAAGAGGCAGACAGUGGAGUUUACACUGCUGUAGUGGAAAGGGAUAAAACAGAAAAUGAAGCAGAAUAUAACGUCAAAGUUCAAGGUAGGUUUGUUAACCUCUCAAACACUGAUAGAGUUGCUGUGGUCUUGUUUCUAAAACUCUUCACCUGCUUCUUCCCUCCUCAGAUCGAGCAUCUCUCCCUCUCCUCACAGUGAGCUCUGUCUGAUAGCUGUUCCUCCUGUAGCUUCACUGUGACCUGCAGCUCACAGGACUCUCACAUCAACAGCACUUUCACAUGUGAAACCAGAACCUGCAGUCAGGAGGGAGGAGAGCGGUCAGAGGGGAUCCCUGAUACUUUUCUCCAGGUCCACCAAUCAAGUGGCUCGAUCAUAUGUAACCAUAGCAACCAUGUCAGCUGGACCAACGACACCAAAACAAUCAAAGAUGUUUGCCACCAGCUUGAUGUUCAUCUCAUGGAGAAGCUCAACAAGAACAAAUAA